UUGUCGAAAUACUUUAUCGUCAAACUUCAAAAUUAUUCUAGGCUGUUGCGCGACAUGUGUAGCGAUCAGUAGUUAAAAUUGUAUCAUCUGCCCGUUUACAGGCUGAUAGGAAAUAUCUUUUAUCAACUUGUUAAUAACAAAACAAUGUAUUCCUAAGUUUCGAAGAAUCUUCGGUAUGCUUAGAAUGCAGUGACAGCUUUCUAAUAGUGUUACCACGUGUUCGUGACGUACUACGAAAUAGCUAUGUUAUGGGAGGAAGCAGGUUAUAAUAAGGAAAUCAGGACAGAAGAGAAAGUUUUAGGACGUCAGUACUUUGAGAAUUCACGGUUAUUAACACGACCAAUGUUAGCCUCUUAGCGAAAAGAAUUUUCCCGCAUAUAAAAAACGCCUGAUUAAUAACGAUGGCUUUGAAUAAAUCGCUUUCCGUGGUGUUGAGAGGAGGCAACGCGAUUUCUGGCUUGUUAUGCAAUAAAUAUCAUCUGUUAAUUAAAGACAAAAGAGACUUCUGUCCUGGUGCAACCAGGAGUUUUGCUACUAAAGUUGCUGCAAGUCAGAAACCAGAUUGGAACCGUGCAGUUUCUGAAGCUGAGAAGAUUGUGGGCUAUCCGACAUCAUUUCUUAGCUUACGAUGGCUUCUUAGUGAUGAAAUUGCUAAUGUUGCACUACAUUUGAGAAAGCUUGUGGGAUCUAAUCAUCCACUGUUGAAAACUGCCAAAAGUUUAAUUUAUAAUGGCCGCAAUAAUAUGCAGGCUUGGGGCCUUAUUGUACUUCUAAUAUCGAAAGCAGCAGGACAUUUAAAUGUUGAUGAUAUGGAGGAAGAUAAAGCUGCAGGUGUUCUUUAUAGUCAAAGAGCUCUAGCAGAAGUAACAGAAAUGAUACGUACCAGUCACGUUGUUCAUAAAGGCUUAGUGAAUAUACAUCCCGGGGUAUACCCUGAGGCUUCGGAAAUGAACGACAUGACUUUUGGUAAUAAAAUAGCCUUAUUAAGUGGUGACUACUUGCUAGGAAAUAGUUGUGCCGAAUUAGCAGCCCUCAGAAAUCAGGACUUAGUAGAAUUGAUGUCAAGUGCUGUGAGGGACUUGGCUGAGGCAGAAUUUAUUGGACGACGCGAUAGUCAAAAUAAUCCUUUACCCCCGAUUCCGCCACUAGAUCGUAAUGGCUAUGCCGUGAAAGAAUGGACAUUACAAAAUGUGUUAAGCGCAGGCGCGCUACUUGGAAAAUCCUGUCAAGGUACAUUGAAACUAGCUGGACAUAAUAACGAGGUGCAAGAACAAGGGUAUAAAUUUGGAAAGCAUUUAGCCCUUGCUUGGCAGGCGUGUUUAGAUUUGGGUCCUUUUAUCGGCAAAGAUCAUUCUAUACCAUUUAGCCUAUGCUGUGCACCUGUGAUGUUUCAUAUUGAGCAUGAUCCAACGAUUUUAACAGAAAUAGAUAAGGGACUUGAGUCUGUACAUAACGUGGAUUAUGCUAAGGUUCAUGACAUAAUCAUGACAGGUCCUGGAGUUGAAUUAACAAAACAACUGCAAAAGGAACAUUCGCAAAAAGCUAUGGAGGUCCUAAACGUCUUCGAGGAGAGUGAUGCAAGAACAGCAUUGUCGAAUAUUAUAGCAGCGAUGGGAGAUUAUUAAAAGUAUUAAGGAUUCAAAAUGAUGGCGAAUCGAUGACAAUGUGAGUAGAUACGAAUCGCCCAAAAAUCAGUUCGAAUGAUCCGUCCAACAUUAAUUUUUUUACAACUAUUUUUCGUAAUGUUGUUGUGUAUUGUUAAUCGCUGAAUUACGAAUGUAUGCAAACAGAGUUAUAGAUCAUAAUUAUUGAAUAUCUUUCUGUGCAAUUAGAAAAUUCAUUAAAUCCUUGAUACUUUUGUACUAAUAUUUUGUACAAUCUCUCAAGGAUAAAUGAAUAUGGCAGAGAUACUCUGUAUAUAUUAUAUUGUGUUCACAUUUGAAUAGCACCAUUUAUCGUGUAGGACACAGAUGCAUAUACGUGGGCAUUACCGCGAAAGAAUUUAUUAAAUGAUGUACUUAUUAUUUGUAUUAUUUAUUUAGUAAUAUGUUUAAAUGGUGAUUAGAUCUGUUCAUCUUUAAACUAUACGUUGUGGCGGUAAAGUCUUGACAUAGCAAGAGGAAUUUAACAUUACUAAUUACGAUACCAAAUUAAUAGAUCACAUGGCCAACAAAUAUUUCAAAAAAAUAAUAAAAUUCCAGCGGGUGGUAUGCAAUCUUUUUAUUUCCGAUUCUCGGGCAGGGUUGUUUAUGAUAGAAAUUAUUAAAAUUAUUAAUUACUAAAAAUAUUGAUCAUUAACAACUGCAGUUUUUUUAAUGUCAUUAACCUCAUGUAAAUAACAAAUAUAUUUUAAAAUGCUCAAAUCCUAUUCCCUAAGAAUGAGAUGUGUUCGUGCGGGCGAUAUGGCACAUUUAUAUUAUAGUAAACAAAUUUGUAUUUUUUCACAAAAGAAACAAAAAUAUAAAAAGACAACAUCAA